UUGUUUGGCUGAGGUGAUGAUGUCAUGACCGUACAAGGAGGGAAGCAGCUCAGAGUUUCUUUAUUCUAAGGCAGAAAUAAACGAUUAUCUUCAACACGACCUGCUGCAAGAUGCUGGCAUCAGCUGUUUUCCUUUUCUGUGCAUUCUCUCUGACCUCAGCAGCUUCUGAAGUGGGUCUUGGUGGUAAAGUGCUUCUGUUCCCGUACGAGACCGAUUUCAGCUUUGUCAAACUCACUCCUAAAAAACCACUGGGGCUUUCGGCGUUCACACUGUGCAUGCGUGUUGCGACGGAGCUCCAGGGCGAGAGGCAGAUCAUCCUGUUCGCCUACCGCACACCUGACUAUGAUGAGCUAAAUGUGUGGAGAGAGAGAGACGGCCGUGUGUCCUUCUACCUCAGCGGCGAUGGGGCGUUCUUCCACCUGCCUCCUCUCUCCACCUUCCGGUCUCACCUGUGCCUCACCUGGACAUCACGCACCGGGCUCACCGCAUUCUGGGUGGAUGGACGCCGCAGUGCGUUCCAGCUGUACAAACCGGGUCACAGCAUCCGUCCGCGAGGCACCGCCCUGCUCGGCCAGGAUGCCGAUAAACACCUGGGCGACUUUGAGGCAGUGCAGAGUUUUGCCGGCGAGCUCACAGACCUGAACAUGUGGGAUUAUGUUCUCUCGGGGAGUCAGAUUAAAGCAUUGUAUUUAAACCAGGCACAGCGUGUGCCAAAGGGAAACGUGUUUGAUUGGAACACCAUAGAAUAUGAGAUUACUGGAAAUGUGCUAGUGGUGCAAGAUGAUUGAAUAUAUUUCAUUGCAGUGUCACACACAUUCUAACAAUACAAAAUUGCUGAAACAUCCUAAUAUUUCUGCAGCAUCACACAACAGAACAUUAAUGUUUAUGUGAAGGUUUUAGAAACUUUUUAAUUAGAAACUAGAGGUCGAUCGAUAUAUCGGAUUUACGAUGAAUCUGUGCCGAUAGUUGUUUCUUUUUAUUAUUAAUAUUCCAUGUUCCUCUGUGGCCAUAACCCUUUAUUUGGUGACAAAAAGACUCCGUUGCCAUCACUGUUUAUGAUUAUUAAUGUGAAAUGUUAUUUAAACAAACUUAUAUUACAAUUGACAAGCUAUCGCUGAUGAUCUAUGAAUGAUGAUCUGCUAUUAAUUACUGCUCAUACAGUAUUUAUUAGCCCAUUUGACAAUGUUUACUUCAGUGAUUCUAUUUUAAUACAUUAUAGAUGAUUGUAAGAGUGCAUGUUUUGUUUCUUUUGUGUGAGCUGGAAGCACAGAUAUUUCAAAUAAAGAGCCUCCAGUCCAUUUCAGGCUUGUUUAUAAUGAAAAGUCCCACGUUAUGCACCAAAUCUCAACCUUUUCUGGUUAUUAUUGGGAUUUUGGUUGCACAACAAACAUGAAUUUGGGUUUUACUUAUUGUGACUCUUGCAGCCUCUAUGUCUUUACCUGUCACAGUACGGAGAGAUUAAAAAAAAAAAAGUACAUUCCAUAAAUCGAUUUUAAAUACUAUCGGCCGAUUAAUCGGUUAUCGACCCUUUUCACCACCUUCAUUAUCGGUAUCGGCAAAAUCCAAUCUCGGUCAACUUCUAUUAGAAACCUAAUUUAUUGGACUUAUAUAAUAUAUGGCUUACUUUAUUUUGAAUAGUAAGUACAUUCGUGACUAACAGACAUUGUUUUUUCUCUUGAAUUAAUCUAGACAAACUACAUAUAUAAUUCUAAAGGUUCAUGUAUAUUUUUAACACGUUCUUAAUGUAGGAUACGUAAAAAUAAUGGUUUGCAUGUCUUACCUGCUUCACUUGCAAUCAUCAGUCGAUUUGAUAAGAAAGCAUCUGUCUUGAACUUUAAAUAUAGACAAAUUCUUACGUCUACAUUUUACUUUAAAGACAAAGAGGAUGUGAUAAAUAUCUAUUUUCUAGUGUAAUCACAUUUGAUGCCUAUGCUGCAGUCUGCGUGUGACCACAAGAGAGCAGCAUCAGACAAACAACAUGUAUUCUAUGAACUCCUAAAGUAUAUGACUGUCAAGUAAAUGAAGUGAAUUUAAUUUGAUUGUAUAAGUAGAAAAAAAAAUACUAAAUGGAUGAACUGUAUUUAUUUAUUGCACUGGUUUCAAUAGUAUGGAGAGAGAAAACAAAGUGUACUAAAGAUUGCAUGAUUUAAAUUUAAUGCAUGAGCAUUUUGUAAAUAUGUAUAAACACAAAUCUUCACACUGAUUAGGGAAUGUUUUUUUCUAAUUAAAAUGUAUUUUGGUUUCCAUGCAUUUAAACUUUGUCUAACAAAUAGAGUGCGUGACCUGUUUUGCAAUAAAAAUAAAUAAAUAAAUUUGAGAUGGUCAACUAUGAAUUCUUAAAAA